AUGGCGUCAGAGUAUCCCGACUAUCAUCAGAUCGUCUCGACCCCCAUGGAUCUCGGAACUAUUCAGGAGAACAUCCGGCAGAACGUUUACCCUUCCCUCGAAGCUUGCGCGAAGGACGUGAGAACGGUCUGGACGAACGCUUACCUGUACAACCCGGCGAAAAGCGUCGUGGCCCAGGGCGCCCGCGCGCUAUCUAAGGUGUUCGAGGGGAUGUACAACAAAAUCAACCCCGCCGAUUUCAACUACGCGCGCGAGCCGAACGUGGAUGAGCGCAACAAGCUGAGCAGGGACAUCUACCGAGUGGAAGACUCGCAGCUUGAGGAGGCCGUUCAGCUUCUGGAGCAGAGAUGUCCCGAGGCGGUUGUCAGGGACGACGAGGAAGGGUACUUCGUGGUGAAGGUGGAGGCCCUCCCCUCCCCGGUGUUCUGGGAGGUAGAGCUGUACCUGAGAAAGCGGCUGUGCAACCAGCCCGACCGCACCAAGAAAAAGAUCCCGACGACGUUCCGGCCCCCUCCCGACUCCAUGGCGAGGCUCAGCGGCCGCAAGCGCGGCAACGACGGCGGCGACGACGCGGGUGGCGCCAACGGGGGGGCGGGCUGCGAAAGAAGUAGCGGCGGGCGGGACGGAAACGGUGGCCCGAGCACGAGCCCUACGCCGGAGGUCAGCAGCGGUGGGUCGGACAAGAAGAGGAAAACGGACGAUCCUGCCAGUACCGCCGCCACGGCAGUGACAGACGGGGGCAGCGGCCAUGCCGGCGGCGGCGCCAGCGGCGCCAGCAGCGUGAACGGCGAAGAAAGUCGUGCCGCUUCUGAGCCCGCUGCAGUAGCACCCGGCCCGAUGCCGGCGGCAACAGUUGGUGGAGACGUGCUUGCGACUCGCGGGGUUGGAACAGACGAGAGCGGGCUGGGAAGUGGCGCGGCUGAGGCCGUAUGGGAGGACGGCCUCUUUUUAGCUGACACGUCUUUCCGAGAAGCUGGGGAUGGGGUUGGCAUCGAUGUGGCGGCGGCGGGAGGGCCGCAGUAG